AGGUUUAUUCCAAAGUGGCCUUGAAAAAACAUCCAAAAGUGCUAUAGAAUCGUUAGAGUCUCAAGCAAAGAGAGGUAUAGCUCAACGCACCAAACCUCUUAUUCGUACGCUAUUUGAUGACCUGCGGACAUCGGUAACCAAUAAAGAUCUACAUGUGCAAAAUUCCACCACAACGUUUUUCAGAAAUUUUUAUCCAAUUGUUUACCAAUACUCAGUCGUUGGACAAACACUUCCUGGAGAAUUUGCUGAAUGUUUGAAAAAUAAUGUGAAUUUGAUUAUGCCUUUUAAAGAUGUCCCGCAAACUCUGACAGCUUUUUUAAUCAAGAAGUUACAACCUGUACAACAAGUCUUACGUAGUUUACAAACAAUUGGUCAUGUUUUGGAUGUUAUUGAUAAUGUCCAGCUUUCUAAUGAGUGUACUUCUGCCUUGGUAAAAAUGAGUUAUUGUUCGUUGUGUGAUGGUUUCAGUGAUGUCAAACCUUGCCCAGAGUAUUGCACUACUAUUGUAUCUUCCUGCUUGGAGCCUUACAGUCAGAUUGAACACGAAUGGAGUUCGUUUAUUAACAAACUGGAAAAUUUUCAUAAACUUCUAGCCAAGUCGUUAGAUGUAUCUGCUAUGUUUACAAAGUUACAGGCAUUUCUUUCAGAUUCAAUUUCUCAUGCAAGUCAUUCAAAAGUUGCAACAAAGGUGAGAAAUCAUGACCGAGAAUAUGACUAGUAUACAUGUUCACUCCAUGGCAGUCCCUAGCUUGUCAGCCAAAGCAAAGUUCCACUCAGUAGCAAACACUUCACAAAAUAUUGGCCGGGGAGGGGUGUUAGAUUGCUGACAUAUGACCAUUUUUAUAGCUGAAUAUCUUAGUUAUUUAAUCUUUAAACCUUUUUGCCUUGCCUACCAAUGCUUUUAUGGUUACACAGUUAUACAGUUUACCAUUCAAAGGCUUUCAGAAAUUAUUGGCGGGGGGGGGGGGUUUACCCCUUCCUCGCCACUGAUCCACCAUACUAGUUUUCCCACAUGUAUCAACCGUAGGCAAGCAGUCGGAUGACAACCCUUCAGAAAGCUCCCACUUACGAUGUCUCAGAGCUCAUAAGUCGUAAUAUAAGGGACCGGUCAUAAAGUAAAAGGGGUGGUGGGCUGGGAAAAUCAUAUAUUUGGUGUCUGCACUUUUGGUAGCCCACCCCUUAAUAGCUGCACGAAAAUUUGUAGUCGACCCUUAAAUUGGUGCUGAAAAAUUAUGACCCACCCCUUUUCCAAUUUUUUCCGGACAAGAACCUCCCCCCCACCCCCGUCGACAACUUUUUUAGGUAAAAAAAUUUUCCGGACGAGUACGUUGCAAUUGCUUUCCAAGGAGUCGAUCUUAAAUUUUCAUACCAAAUGUCGGUACUUAGCCUAAAAAACCGAUAUCGUGUUCUUUGCGCGGAAAUUUUUAACACAAAAAAAUGAUUGGGCCCAAUCUUGUGCAUAUUUUUACAUGGCCCACCCCUAUGAUUACGCAUAACUUUCGAUGACCCACCCCUUCAACCGUGCUCAAAAAUAGUGACCCACCCCCUAUUUUUCCCAGCCCACCCACCCCCCCCCCUUUUACUUUAUGACCGGUCCCUAAACUCUGAGUGUUUAUGUGAUCCUCCAUGCCUAAACCUGGCUUGCCAAGAAGAGAAAGUCUGCGUAUGAAUAUCUGUCUUGGCUAGCCGGUGUCGCAGCGGAUAUUGUCCGCCCGAAAGAGUAUCCCUUCGAAAGCGGAUUAUGUCCCGACAGUUUUGUGAAAAUAAUGUGGACAACGCUUUUAAAGUUUAUCAUAACAUGUUUUUUUAUCUUGGAAUGCAUGAGUGAAAACGAAUUCUGACUACAACACAGUCAUUUUAAUCCUUUUAAUUACUGCAUUAAUCCUUCUAUUAUUGAAAACAAAGUCAAAGGAAUAUCUUGGAAGUUUAAUUACAUAUUGCGAUGGGCUUUGUCUCUUGUCAGUCAAACUGGUGUACAUUUAGCGUAUCGUUCACAUGCACGGACGAUUUUUGUUUGCGAUUUUCUCUACCUUGUCUGCGGCUAUAGCUUGGUUCACAUAUGCCUGCGGUAUGCCUGCGCUAUCAUUGUCUAAACAUGAAUCAAAGCAGUAUUACGCUCAUCAUUACAACUUAGUCAGUCCUGUAAAACAAAGUAAUUCCCAUCAACAUUCCCAAGCUGUUUUUCGCCCACAAUCAAAUGUCAGUUGUGUGAAGCCAAAACCAAGAAAUAAACAGAAUGUACAACAUAUUUCAAACCUUAGUUGUGCUAAUACUGGCGAAAGUCAGCCGGCCCCAAGUGGGACUGGAUCUUUGAAAUGGUUGGCCCGCCUACCUCUGGUUGAAACGCUUAACGCGACAGUUAGUAACCCCAUGCAUACAUCUCGAAGUGGGGCCGAACCCCUUGAUUGGAUAGGACGGUUGCCCCUACUUGUUAAUUACUCGACACAUGCGCCUCGCUCACGCCAGACUCAAAGGAAUAAAACAGGAAAGAUGAACCGGCAUACGUUUUUUCGGUCGCGAUUCAGCCAGCAGGCAGACUGGUUGAAUUACCUGGAGUUUGUCCGUCGCACAUUGCAAUAAACUUGGAGAUCCCUCUCGCAGCUAGUAACAACACUAUAAUCACACCAGAACGAAACACUAUACCAGUAAGAAUUACAUCUUACCAUGCGCGCUUCGUGUUAUAAUGAACAUAUUCCUAAUACUAGCAAACGAAACCGUAGCGGAACGCGUAAUCUAAUUGAAAUUCCAAUCAAGAAUCCAUCCCUAUAUCAAAGCACGUCUCUAUAUCAAAGCCCAAAGUGCGCCCAAAGUAAUUUACUGACAUUCCUUCUCUCAAAUACAAGAUCACUUUUACCAAAGGUGGAUGAAUUAAAAAUUAUACUUGACCAAUAUGAUGUGAGAUGGCCUUCAUAACCGAAACAUGGUUAAAUGAGAAAAUCGACGAUGCAGCAGUUUGUAUUCGCGGGUAUUCGAUAGCAAGAUGUGAUCGAAUUGAUAAACUUGGCGGUGGAGUUUGUGCUUUUAUUAAAUCAGACAUUCCGUUCAAAAUUCUAACAGAAUUUAAUGACAUCAAUUUUGAAACCUUAUGGAUCUAUGUACGACCUUAUAAACUUAAUCGAGGCUUCUCGUGUUUGAUCGUCUGUGUGGCCUAUAAACCUCCAUCCAGCGACAACGCCGCGUUUAUAGAUUACCUCAGCUCAACACUUGACCUCGCUCUCAGUAAGUACCCAAAUGCAGGUAUAUUUUUACUCGGAGAUUUUAACAGAUGUCCUGUCUCAUCUUUAUUAAGACAUUUUACUUUGAAACAAAUCGUAAAACAACCAACCAGGAAAGAUGCUGUCCUUGAUCUUAUUCUUACUAAUAUGUCAGACACAUGUGACCCUCCUAAGGUGAUCGCACCCAUCGGAUUCAGCGACCAUAAUUCCGUUUUAUGCAUUUUAAAAAAAUGUAAAUCAUUGAACGGAUGCAAGAAAAUAAACAUUAGACCCGGUAACAGAGGUGCCAAAGUUGCAUUUGGAAGAUGGCUAACGAACUAUAAUUGGACUAACCUGUAUCGUACUGCACCGUGCGAACAAAAACUGGAAAUUUUUCAGGAUGUUAUUCAUACCGGCUUAGACCACUUCCUUCCAUGUAAAGUAGUUAAAAUGCACGACCGAGAUAAGCCUUGGAUAACACCUUCAUACAAGGAACUUAUUAAAAACAGACAGAAGGCAUUUUUUCAGAAAAAUGACAAAUUGUACCGGCGACUACGUAAUCGUGCCAAUCGAGAAAGUAAGUACCUUAAAUCUGCAUUCUUAGAACAUAAAUUGAAACAAUUGAAACGUAACCCUGAUCCUAAGAAAUGGUGGGACACCGUAAAACAAAUAGCUGGCUACCCUAAGAAGAAAUCUUUUUCAAGUAUUGUCCUAGGAGAGCAAGUCGUCUCUGGAAAGCAACUUGCUGAAAAAAUUAACGAGGCUUUCGUAUCCGUUACUCGAGAUAUUCCUCCCCUUAGUCCUAUCCCUUUCCCCGAUAGCCAAUUACAAAGCGAUUGUACUACAAUUCCAACCGAGUACAUUAUUAGGGAAGAAGACAUUUAUUAUAAAUUAUCUUCAAUAUCAUCCUCGAAAGCGGCUGGUCCAGAUGAAAUACCGAAUUGGGUCCUAAAAGAUUAUGCGCCCCUGCUGUCUUCCCCUGUUACUUCAAUCUUCAACGCCUCCCUUCAACAGGCGUCUGUUCCCGCGGUAUGGAAAAAAGCCGACGUCAUCCCUGUACCUAAAAAUAAGGUGCUGAGGGACAUUACUAAAGACUUGCGUCCCAUCUCGCUUACUGCCACUUUGUCAAAAACGUGUGAACGUUUUGUCGCAGACUGGCUGAUGGAGUUGAUUGGUGAGAAGAUCGAUAAACGGCAAUUUGGAUCUCUAAAAAACUCUUCAACAACACAUGCAUUAUUGAGCCUUCUCCAUCACUUAUUAAACGAAACUGAUGUGCCGAAAAACGCUGUGAGAAUUUUUUUAUUAGACUUCUCCAAAGCUUUUGACCAUAUCGAUCAUAACAUCCUCCUCAGUAAAUUAUCUGAUAUGGACGUUCCAUCAUUAAUAACAAACUGGAUAAGAAGUUUUCUUACUCAACGAAGCCAACGGGUCAGAAUGCCCCAUUGUGUGUCAGAAUGGCAAAUCCUCAACGGUGGAGUACCCCAGGGAACUGUUUUAGGCCCAAUCCUCUUCCUAAUCAUGAUAAACGACCUCCUCGCUGAUUGGAAAGACCGAUGGAAAUACGUUGACACCACCACUACCGAAACCAUUGGCCCAGAUUGUAACAGCAACCUUCAAGAACUGGUUAAUUACAUCAAUAAUUGGACUACGAGUAAUAAUAUGAAAUUAAACAUUGGAAAAUGCAAAGAACUGGUUAUUGAUUUUGCAAAAAAGAAGCAUUGCUUUCCCCCUUUAACAGUCGAUAAAGUUAAUAUUGAACGAGAGAAAUCUGCCCGUAUCCUUGGCCUCACAGUCCAAGAUAACAUGAAGUGGAAUGAACAUAUAAAUAACAUAGUUAAAAAAGCUAGCAAGAGGCUCUAUAUGCUAAGACUGCUAAAAAGGUCCAACGCGUGUAUUGACACGUUAAUUACUGUAUAUACUACCAUUAUUAGGCCUGUUUUAGAGUACGCAUGCCAGGUCUGGCAUUACAAUAUCCAACAAUAUUUAUGUGACGAUAUUGAAAAAAUACAAAAACGCGCGUUGAGAAUAAUCCUCCCAUCGCAAAAGUACGACGAAGCGCUGAUCACGACUAACAUCACGUCACUGAGAGAUCGACGAGAAAAAUUAUGCGAACAUUUCUUUGAGAAGAAUAUUGACAAUGAAAAUCUCAAAGAUCUUUUACCACAAACAGUUUUAUCUGGAUAUGAUCUAAGACCGAUAUGUAAAUAUCAUAAUUAUGUUUGCAGAACCGAACGUUUUAAGAAUUCGUUUUUACCUCAAAGUAUAUUAAAGAUUAACAGUAAAUAAGUUUUUAGAAAUGUAAAUAAUCUUAAAUAUGUAAUUAUUAUGUAAUUUUAACUUAUCCUCUUAAUUUAUGUAAUACUGGUGUAAUUUAACCUUUUUGGGUUACAAAGUCAGUAGUCAUUAAAUCAAUUCAAUUCAAUUGUUUACCGCUAUUGAUGUAUACCGGCAUUUUUUGUGAAUUGUUUGAUUGAACUGCUAACGACAAUAGCUUGCCGACAUUUAUGUACCGCAGGUAUAUGUGAACUAGGCUUAUGUGAUUGAGUGUGUCCAAAAUUCAUAAACGUAUGGGAAGACCUGACACUUUAUUCAUCAUGACUUAGUCAAAAAUUUGAUUUAGUCAAAAUGUUCUCGUCAGGUGGAUAACUAACCACAGACAAAUAUGGUCAGAACUGUCUGUGCCAGUGUAGCUAGUGCCAAUAAUAUGAACAAGCUUUCGUUGGUACUUGGUAGGGAUGCAACUACCUGAAAAAUAUAAGGAGAAUUUCGACGUUUCGAGCGAAGGCCCUUCGUCUGGAGUAACUUACUAACUUAACAACGAAAGCUUGUUAAAGUGGCUCAAUACAGUUUUCAAUAAAAUGGAAAAUUCACGAUUUAGAUGCGUAUUUUUGGUCAAUUAUUACUUAUUGAUAAACAAAAAGUACCUUACUUAUAUAAAACAACAUCUAAAGAGUUUGAAUUUUUACACAAAAGUUACGCAACUGCCGUUGCUAUGGCAACAAUGACGUUUCAAGAUGGCGGAUAUUUUGGCUUUAAAGUAAUUUAACUCGUAAACGACAUCGGUUACCCCCAAAUUUUAUUUUAAAAAAUGAUUUCUCUUAGUAUAAUCAAUUAUUUUGACAAUUUAAAAAAAAGUUCUGUGGAGCCGAAAUUUUUAAAAUUACGUAAAGGUGAUUAUUCAUAAUAACUUUUUUUUGGCUCCACAGAAUUUUUUUUAAAUUGUCAAAAUAAUUCAUUAUACUAAGAGAAAUAAUUUUUUAAAGUAAAAUUUGGGGGUCACCGAUGUCGUUUACGAGUUAAAUUACUUUAAUUAUUAAAGCCAAAAUAUCCGCCAUCUUGAAACGUCAUGGUGCCUUAGCAACGGCAGUUGCGUAACUUUUGUACAAAAAUUCAAACUCUUUAGAUGUUGUUUUAUAUAAGCAUGGAUUUUAUUUUAUUAUCCAUGAUAUAAGUAAAGUACUUUUUGUUUAUCAACAAGCAGUAAAUCGUGAAUUUUCCAAUUUUUAAAAAACUGUAUUGAGCCACCUUAAUAUAUUGUCAGAGCCUAUAAGCUGUAACUGCUCAUUCUAGUACUCUAGUACUUGUUUUUCACUUUAGUACUUCAACACGGAACUAACAUGAACAUGCAUCCAACCAAUAAUAUUAAUAUGUUUUGCAUGCCGGUCAAAAUAUUUUUUUAAAACAAAACAAAAUGUUUUUCUGAAACAAUUUCGAUAAUUUUAGCAUCAUUCACCAACUUUCCACCCUAUACGUGUCCCCCCACCUGAUUGCAGCAUCUGCUACAUAUGGUAAACGGUCUUUUCGUGGAGAAGUGCAUGACAUCAGGUCGAAGUAAAGUCGAUCUCAUGCUAGUGUUGACUCCACGGCAAUCAAGAGAUCUGACAUUAUACAGUAGUAAUACUCACUAAAACACGCUAGAGAAAGUACGUUACCUUGCCUGUAAAGACUCGUUUGAGACCACAAAAGUGACCACGUAAAAUACCAUGAUGGUCAUGUAUUAUCUAUGCAUGUUCAUGUCCGCCGUAAUAGUUACAAAGAUUACUGUAAUCCUAUGCUGUAGGUCUCAACGCACUGUCGUAAUAUCACGGACUACAAUGGAAAUACGAUAAUCAGUCUUAGAAAGCAACAACCUGACUCUCCACGCGAUCUUGGAAAUGGUGAUCUCUAUCUUACUACAGACGUACAAAAUUCCUAUGACGAUCUUCCUACAGCCAAUGAUAUCACCAAAGACUUGACGUUUCUUCGAAGAAAUUUGUCUGAUAUAAAAUAUUACAUGAAGAUGUUCUAUAUUAAUCUAUGUUUCACUGAUAAUUUGUCCACAGCACCUGAUGAUGUAUCUAAAUGUUGGCUUGGAACAGGUCUAGGAAGGUAAGCUGAAAUGAAUAAACCAGUACGUUCGUGCUUGGCUCGCGCUAAACGAGCAUCUUGUUUGAGUCACGUCAAUAAUUAAUUGCUGUUUAUGGUGUCCUAACUCUAAUCCUAACUGUUGACCCGAACUCGUAUAAACAGCGAGUGUGCUGGGAUGGAUUCUUCAACUACCUAAUAUUUUGAUAAACGUUGCUUCCCCCCCCCCCUCCCCCUUUAAUAUUGGGUUUCAGUUAGCAUCUUACAUACUAUGGUGUCUGAUCGGGUAAACAACACUGAAUGGGGGAGGGAGAUGUAUAAAUGUUUGUAAUAAUUUGUAAAAUUUGAUGGUCUAAAACCGCAAGUGUCCCAACAACUUGCGUUGUAUGUGUAUCGAAAAGAAGUUUGGUAUGACUGUAAUACACUAUUCCGGAAAGUACGUCACUUUGGCUAUAGAGCCUCGUUUUCGUGUAUAUGACAUCUGUUAAAGCCCACGUCUCAAUCACAAAAACGAGGCUGUAUAGCCAAGGCGGCGUACAUUCUGGAAGCGUGUAUUGAUACGUUAAAUACAAACGACUAAUUCUAACGAACAAUCGGCGAGUCGAGAAUUGCCAAAUAAUGUGGAAAUUUAAUCAACGAACACCUUGCUCUCAAUCGAACGCAUAUUUCUGGUCCUUACGAUUUCUUUAAUAACGAACAAUUACAAUGAAUUAGGCUCCAUUUUAAACCGAUGUGUGCAUUGAACAGUAUGUUUGCAAAGAAUAGAUCAACCGAGUAUGAAAAUUGGUUUGAAUCAUGCACUGUUGCCCGCACUACAAAACACUAUUUUUUUUUCUAUUUUCAGAAAAGUCCAUCACAACGUUAUUGUCAAGAACAGUUCAGCUUUACAACCGGACAACAGUAAAACAAUUGAAGACGACGUUUUAUUGUUUUUGAGGAAAGCUAUCAGUGAUAUUCGCAGAAUUAAAACUCGCCCACCGAUAAAUCAUGGGAGUGGAUAUGGUAGUGGAAGCGGUGAAGAUAGGAACGAAGGUAGGAACUUUUUAAACAUGAAGCUGAUAACCUAUUAGUUAAUCAACUUAACAGAAAUAUGAGGUUUGAGGACAGAAAUUUACAACAAAAAGAUCGGUAUAGGUUAUGAAAACCUAAAUCUGCA